AUGGCGAUGCUUGCUUUACCUAGCUCUGGUGGGACCUUUGCGGAACGAGAUGAUCAGGUCCUCGUAGAUGCCCUUCCAUAUCUGGAUACGGAAUACAACGAUGCAGACAGGCAAACUGCUCUGAGAUUAAUUGAUCAGGAGUGCAAGAUUUUUCGACCCACCAAGAAUUACCUGAAACAUCUUCCUGUUCCGGAUUUCGAUGUGUUUCUCACGCCGUGUAUGUUAAAAGAACAUGCAAGAAUGUCAAAGAAGCAGGAGAUGCCAAAGUUAGAUAUGAGUCGAUGUGAACUCCCGUGCCCAUCUGGUACAUCGCGAGCUGGAGAUAAAGUUCAGUGGAGGAAGGCUAUAAAGAACGCCAAGGCUCAAAAUGAACAUCUGGUGAUGCGGCAGAUCAACCUCGAACUUAUGGAAGAUUAUGCUGCUGAAAGUUAUCUGCGAAGAAACAGGGAAUUAGAACAACUUUGCACAGAAGCCGAACGGGAGCUUAGAAAAACCAAAGAACAGGUAAUGGAGAUUCAUGCAAGGCGUAAGAUGGCGCAGUUAGAUGCGGGAAGACAGCUAAAAGAACUCGAAGGUAGUUGGGUAGCUAUGGUCACUAACAACUACAGAAUGGAACUCGCUAACAAUCAGUUGGCAGCAACAAAUGCUCAAAUGGCAAAAAGACUACGGAUUGAUCUGGAUGCGUUGGAGAAAUAA